AUGAUCACGGAACUCCUGGAACUGUGUAGAGACUUGCCUUGUCUUUGGGACUUAACAUACAAAGAUUCUACUCAGAAAAACAAUGCGUGGGAUAUUUUAGCCACAAAAUUGAAAGAAAUUGACCCAUCGGCCAACGCCGCGUUAUAUACGGGAAUCCAAGAAG